AUGCAAGUGGAACAACCUUGCACGAUUUUAUCGGCUUUGUCGUGGCUUUUGCUCAGUGUGGUUUACAGGUUGUUCUCAGGUUUCCAGCAUGAGGACUCAUUGCUUUUCGGCUCGAGAUCGGAUCUCGUCAGCUGUUCAUCUGUCUGUCCUUCUUCUUCCGCGGUCACAGCCGCCAUGGAUGCAACUCAGCGCAGGUCCUACAGAAAGUUUCUGCAGAUCCUGCGCGAGAAGCCCAUCGUGGCCGACUUCAUGUGCCCCAUCGGAGGGCGCCCUAUGACGGACCCUGUUGUGGCAGAGGAUGGAUACAGCUAUGAGCGCUCGGCAAUUGAGGCGUGGCUGCAGGACAAGGAGCUGUCCCCUCAGACGCGAAAUCCCAUGGGCUCUGCGUUGGAAGGCAACAGCGACCUAAAAGAGGCCAUCGACGAGCUGAAGGCAGUGUUGGAGAACCCGCCGUCUGAGGAGCUAACGAUUACAUGGAAUGCCCCGGGCCCAAUUCCGCUGCAGCGCACGCUGGUGAUUUCGCCUCCGGCGGAGACGUCGGAUUCUUCAGAUUGGGAGGUGUUGACGCCGACCAGUCCGGCAGAGGGCCAGCCCAGCGGCGCGAGGCAACGGGCCGCGCAGGCCCAGGACAUGUCCUACACCCUGAGCAAGAUCUUCCGUGUGUUGGAUCCGCUCCGGGGUCUUCUCCUCGAAGUUCUGGAUGGAUGGACACCGCAGCGAAUGAUCGUGGUUGGCGACGAGAGCGCGGGCAAGAGUACCAUUCUGGAAAUGUUGGCAAUGCUUCCGAUCUUCCCGCGGAAGCGACGUUUCUGUACGCGCCUGGCCACGCACCUUCGCCUGCGCCGGAAUCCGGACGUGUGCCGAACCACCUUGUCUGUCUACACGGUUACCCCUCAGGGUGACCAACUGGAACGAGAAGCCAUGGUGGUGCCCAAGGAGAAGCGGGUUCAACGACCAAAGGUCUUCUUCGGCAUUUGGUCUGUGUACUGGGUGGAGAACGGCCAUCUCUUCGUGCAGGAGAAGAUGGACCACCUCGUGUCAGAGCUGUCGAUGGGUCAAGAAGGUGCAGGGUCCGGCGGCAUCGUCACAAGGAAGAUCAUCGUCAUCGAAGUGCAGGGCCCCGAAGUCCCGAGCAUCGACUUGGUCGACCUGCCGGGGAUCACCUCCUGGCCGAAGGAGAAAGCAGAGGCUGUGCAGCAGAUUAUGAAGAAGCAGAUUCGCGACGACGAGGCAACCGGCAACAACAACAUGUUCCUCGCGGUCGUGCCGGCCUCCGGUGACGUGAAGCCCAACACGAACAACGCGAUGAAGUUCAUCAUGGAGAACCAGCUCCAGGACGACCGGACGGUCGGGGUCUUCUCGAAGUGCGACCAGACUAGCCGAAGUGGCUCUGAGAUCCUCCGCGCCCUCACCCUCAAUGAGUCGACCAAAGAAGGUGAGUCCGCAGAGAGUUUGGGUCGGAUCGACCUCCAGACCUGGGUGGCGAGCAUGCUCGAGCCACCGCAGGAGUUCUCCAACAAUUUCGAACGGCUGGAGCUGCAGAGGAAGAACGAAGUUGACUUCUUCGAGAAGGCAGAUGAGAACUUCCAGCAUGUGUACCAGCAAGGGCAUGCUGGCAUGCGAGCUCUCAUCGCCAACAUCGAGCGCUCGUACUUGAAGCCAGCAGACAGCACCAGCGAGGACGAAACGGCUCGCUCCAGCUUGGCAAAGGAGGAGGUUGAGCGGCGUCUGGGAGUGACCUCGCCAGUGACAAAAUCGGUCUACGAAGACUUCAUCCUCCACGCCUUGCGCAAAGAUCUCGCUGUGAAGGUCCGGGAGCGACUGCAGCGCUACAGUGGAAGUGGAUUGACUUGCGAGGGCUGCGAGCAGGUGGAGGAGAUGAACUUGCUGGAGAAAGACCUCCUGAAUCUCAUCAGCGGUGCUCUCGAUCAGAUGGAGUCGGGCCUGGUGACGCCUCUGCAGAAAUGGCUCUACGCAAAGAGUGAAGUUGUUCAGAUCCCAAACACUGACCUCGUGAAUGUGUGCACCAAGUUCAGCGACGGCUUUAGCUUGAUGCACUUUGAGAAAGACCUGUCCAAGAAGGCGUUGGUGCAGAAGCUCCAUAGCGAGCCGAUUCUUCAGCUGUGCAAUUACAGCGGCUACCUGGACGAGAUCAUGUCCAAGUGCAAGCAGAUGCACUUGGAUGCCGGAACCCGGAUCCGGAACAAGGCAGCCCGAUUGGUGGCGAAUUUUGUGAACUUGGAUGGAAGCUCCGACCGCCGAAUGGAGGUGCAGGGGGUGGCCGCAAGGUAUACGUUCUAUCAGGGUUUGCGAGCACACUCCAAGCCAUGUGCAAGUGCGAAUCUCGAAGCAACUCAGUGUCCAUGCAGUCUUGUGCCUGCUCUAGCACGAGCUAUCCCGGCCCGAGUUCAUAGGGAAGCAACAAGAACAACACGACACGGAUCAUCGCACCCAUCAGUGUUUUGGGAGAUUGUGGCUCGGGGUCGCCUGCAUGCAGGGCGAAGGGUCCAGUUUGGAGGUUCGCGGCUUUCGUCAAAGAAGCUCGGAGGCUUCGGGUAUUCGGGCAAAGUUGAGAUGCAGUGGUUUACUUUGGUGUGUGGCUGGAAGUUUCGGCAGUGUUCCUUCCUGUUAGCAGCGAGCACUUUCCUGAACCCAAGUGUUCUAGUGUUCAUACGGCCGCUCCGCUCACUCCGACCUGGCACACAUGCAACUGGGCUUUGGAGUACCAUACUGUAA